GCAGGGCUGCAAUUUCGGAUCGUAGUCGCAGUUACGCCGUUACGGGACCGUCGUGUCGCGAUGGAAAUCGUAGAAUCGAGCGAAUUCGAAUUGCUCCGCUAUUUUUCGCGAUUAUCACGUUCUAAAAAGUGAACCCCGCGCAAAUGGAAUUAUCGCGAGUGUCUUCGAAUCGUCGGGCGUUCGUUGUAACGAUCGUACAUAGUUGUUAUUAUAUUCCAGUUAUCGCAACUCCGGUAUUCGAUAACUCGACUCGACACGCGAUCGACGCCAAACGAAAUCCACGUAUAUCUCAUGCCGUUAUCUCCUCGCCGAGAUGCUGUGAGAGUAGAAUUGACGUUCGAUCGUCGCCACAGUGUCAACGCGCGCGCGCGCGCGGAGUCGAUGGAAAUGCCUCGCGUACCUCGGCGCCAUUACUUUCGUCCCGAAAUGCCGCAAGGAGCACAACUCGUGCGUGAUAAUCGUCAGAAUGGCGUCGAGGAAAACAAGACAGAAUCACUCGAUACAGCAUCUGCUCGAGUUACCCUCGAACCGGGAGUCGAAAUUAUUGCGGUUUCCCGUGAAGGAGCACACCCAACUGCCGCCGUCCAUGCCAACCCCUCGCCAAGUUCCGGUGACCGUGUUGCAUCCCUCUCCGAAAAAGUCAAUGCCCUGAGGCAAUCUCUUAACAGGCAUCACGACAAUGUGUCGAGACUGUUACUGACUAGCAAGGAAAGUCUUGAAAAGAGAACUCAGAUCGAUUCGGCCUUUCGCGCUUGUAAAGAGGCAUUUAUUGAACUCUCUGCGGCAUAUCUUAAGAUGAUUGAAAGCGAUUCUCAACAGGUUAACAUUGCGGAAACGGUCAGAAGCAUAGUAGGCGACGCCUUGUCUGAUGCCCACGACAAAUUAACAGCUAGCUUGAGCGGCAAUCUUCAGCCAAUAGAGCAGAGGAACGCCGGCGCUUCCUCUGUGCCCUCUUAUGCAGCGGUGGUUUCGGAGCAAUCGUGCGUGCGGGUGGCUCGCGGCUCCUCUAUCGAGGUACCUAGAACCACCAACUUGAUUGUUACUCCAAAGGAGGAUUUCUCCGCGAAGUACAAAACGUCUAGGGAAACCAGGGAAGUGCUGCAAAAGACCAUUAAGCCAUCUGAGUACAACCUUAAGGUCAACAGAAUUACGUCAGCGAAGAACAACGGUGUGCGUAUUGAGGCACUUACUGUGAAUCUGCCCAAGAUAAAAAGUUCUCGGGAACUUGAAGACGCUGGACUCAGAUUGGAGCAGGAAGGCAAAAUCAACCCUAGGCUACUGAUUCGCGGAGUGCCAUGCACCAUGUCGAGGGAGGAGAUAAAGGAGGAUCUUGUCACUCUCAACCUAAAGGACCACGAUGCGCCUGAGUUAAAAGUUGUGUACAUCUUUCCCCGGAAAGAUAAUCGGCGCACGACCAACUGCGUGAUUGAGGUCACUCCGGACAUCCGCACUCAUUUGCUUAAAGACCGGUACAUAUUUUUAGACUACUUUGCCUGCGAGAUUACUGACUACGUAAGAGUCCUACAGUGUUUCAAAUGCCUUGCUUUCGGUCAUUUCGCGAAAGAUUGUCGUUUCACGACUAUAUGCGGUCACUGUGCAGGCGGUCACGAAACUAGGAAUUGCACCUUGAGGAGCGGGGCACCGGAGUGCGGGAACUGCAAGCGAUGGUUGCCUCAAGCAGGACGACAACAUUCAGCCCUUGACAACAAGAACUGUCCCAUCUUACGCAGACGUAUGUCGGAAAGGAUUAGCAGCAUUAAUUAUGGAUAA